GUUACGACCAACAGUCAAGUUACGUCAGCACGUGGCGUCGUGCUUAUAUCUAUUUGAGUUGCAAGUUAGGUGGUUAGUUAAGGUUACUUGGUUUUUAUCAAGACACGAGAAGAAAUGGAGCAAUUCGGCUUUUUUAAGGGGUAAUUUAAUUAUGUCAUUUUCGUCAUGAUUCUGUACUUUCAAGUCUUGGACAAUGGAUAACAGAGUCAUCGUGAUGGAAGCUGUUCUAAUAAGUGAGAAAAUACUUGAGUCAUGUUGGAACUUAGGUCGUCGUUAGUCAAUAUUUCCUAUUGUAUAUAAAUAGGGGGCGAAGGGGGGUUUACGGAGGUCUUGGCUUUCAGCUCCUCCAACAUAUAUAUUAUCAACAAAUUAACCUAACAUAUUAUAUAAACCAUGCCGCUAGCCCGUCAUAUCGACCCAGACGACCUCAUCGCGCGUCUUCACGAUGCCCACCUUACAGAGAACGGCCGACGGAUACGUCAGAAGAUGGUCACUUCGCAUCUCACACCUUAUGGAACUAAGUAUGCGAGCGAGGCGGAGGCACCCAAAUAUCAAAUUCCUAAAGAGGGAACACCUUCGGACACCGUAUAUCAGCUGAUCCACGAUGAGCUGGACUUGGACGGCAAGCCGAAUCUAAACCUCGCUAGUUUUGUUCAAACUUACAUGGAACCAAAUGCUACCCAGCUGAUGACGGAGAACCUGUCUAAAAAUCUAGCAGACAACGACGAAUACCCGGCAAUGAUAUCUCUCCACGAGCGCUGCGUUAGCAUUCUCGCUCACCUAUGGGGAGCAAAGAAGGGCGAAAAAUCCGUCGGCACGGCGACCACCGGCUCUUCAGAGGCAAUUCAUCUCGGAGGCUUGGCGAUGAAGCGUCGCUGGCAGGAACGCCGCAUGGCAAAAGGUUUGGAUACUUGUCACCCAAAUAUAAUCAUGGGCGCAAAUGCGCAGGUCGCCCUGGAGAAAUUCGCGCGCUACUUUGACGUCGAGGCGCGCAUUCUUCCCGUCUCCAAGGAGAGUAAUUAUAGACUAGACCCGAACCAGGUCCGGAAGAGCAUCGACGAGAAUACCAUCGGCGUAUUCGUCAUUAUGGGAAGCACGUAUACCGGCCACUACGAGCCUGUGGAGGAGAUCUCCAAAAUCCUCGACGAGUACGAGGAGAAGACGGGACAUGACAUCCCGAUUCACGUCGACGCAGCAUCCGGCGGCUUCGUUGCGCCGUUCACUCAUGCGCAAGCCGGCGGGCCGAAAUGGAACUUCGACCUCCCCCGAGUCAAGUCCAUCAACGCGUCGGGCCACAAGUACGGACUGGUCUACGUCGGCAUCGGCUGGGUCGUCUGGCGGGACGAGUCGUACCUACCGCAGUACCUGGUUUUCGAGCUGCACUACCUCGGCGGCACCGAGAAGUCCUUCACGCUCAACUUCUCGCGGCCCGGCGCCCAGGUCGCCGUCCAGUACUACAACCUCAUCCACCUCGGCCUCGAGGGGUACCGCGAGAUCGUGGAGAACUGCCUGCGCAACGCGCGCCUGCUGUCCAAGAGCCUCGAGGCGACGGGGUGGUACACGUGCGCGUCCGACAUCCACCGGCGGCCGUCGGCGGGCGUGGUGGCGGGCGCCAAGAAGGCGGUGCUGGGCGGGGAGGGCGAGACCUCGGCGGACUACGCGGCGGGGCUGCCGGUGGUCGCGUUCCGGCUCACGGACGAGUUCCGGCGGGAGUUCCCGCACGUGCGGCAGGAGUGGGUGUCGGUGCUGAUGCGGGCGCGGCAGUGGAUCAUCCCCAACUACGCGCUGCCGCCGGCCGAGGACGCCACCGAGAUCCUGCGCGUCGUCAUCCGCGAGUCCAUGAGCCUCGACCUGCUGGACCGCCUCAUCGCCGACCUGGUGUCCGUGACGCAGACGCUGAUCGACAACGACGAGGUCGACUUGUCCAUCGUUCAGAAGCAGAAGCCUGUCGGGGACAGCCGGCCGCGGACGGAGGAGGAGGAGGUGGGGCCGAAGAAGGGAGGAGAGAGUGGGUCGAAAGAGUCGGCCCAGGCGCCGAGAUUGGCGGAAGGUAUCCACAGGAGCGUGUGUUGAUAUCGCCAUUCUCUCUGCACGGCGAUGGUCAGAUCUUUCUGCGAGGGGAAAGAUAGCCCCGUUGUUACCCAGACAUAAGUCUGUGAUAGGAUCUAGGCCUCUUAUCACGACUAUCGCCCUUGAAUUGUUUAGCCCCAGGGCUCCACCAAUAGGAUUUUUCAACU